AUGAAAGGAGGACGAGGGGGUGGGAGAUUCAGUGGGAGUGGCAACGAAGACCACCUUGACCCUGAACAUGAACAAUUUCGUAAACUGUUUGUUGGUGGUUUGAGUUAUGAAACAUCGACUGAAGGUUUGAAAGGACAUUUUGAAACAUAUGGUGAAAUUGUUGAUUGUGUAGUUAUGAAGGAUCCAAAUUCUAAAAGAUCUCGAGGAUUUGGAUUUGUCACGUUUAAAGAAGCGGCCAUGUUGGAUGAUGCUCAGGAAAAUCGACCUCAUAAAAUUGAUGGUAGAGAAACAGAAACAAAACGGGCCAUGCCUCGCGAGGAGUCUGGUCGAUCUGAAUCUCAGCAGUCUGUCACCAAGUUAUUUAUAGGUGGUUGUAAAGACGACACAACAGAAGAUCACCUUAGAGAAACAUUCAGUCCUUACGGAGAAAUCGAAAAAAUUGACCUCAUCCAAGAUCGUACUACUGGAAAAACAAAAGGAUUUUCUUUCGUUACUUUUAAAGAUUAUGAUUCCGUCGACAAAUGUGUCUGUAAGUUGAAAAAAUUGUCAUAUUUUAGCCUUGAGGCAUAUAAAUCUCAGGAAAAAUAUAUGUAG